UAAACCCUGUACAACAGCAUUCGCUAUUCGCCUUUUAUUUUUUUAUGGAGGUUCUACAAUACGAAGGUUCUACAAAGCGCUAAUACGACCUAUCUUUUCUCGCGACAGCCAUCUGGUUUUGCCUUGCCUCCGACGAUCAAACUUGUAGAGGUUCCUUGCUUGUGAAGUUAAAUGGAGAAUCGGCCGCCGGGUGACGACUCGGUUGCGAGUGAUACUGCUGUUGAAAAUUCUGGUCCAGCACUUCAUGUCAAUAUCAAGACUCUUGAUUCGAGGAUUUUCAGUUUCCUCGUUGAUAGGAAUACUUUGGUUUCAGCUUUUAAGGAGAAAAUAGCUCAAGAAGUUAGUGUUCCUGUUGGACAACAACGUCUCAUUUUCAGGGGCAAGAUUUUGAAAGAUGAUCACAUUCUCUCUGAAUAUCUUACAGACGUGGAACAUGGGGAUACCCUGCAUUUAGUUGAGAGGCAGCCACAAACCUCUCCUGGGUCCAAUACAGGGGCAGCAGCUUCAAGUAACAGUUCUGGAGGUGGACAAGAUACCGCUGCUGGUGGACCACUCAAUCGUAUUGGGCAAAUUUCCCAGAGUGUAGUACUUGGGACCUUAAAUCUCGGAGACCCAGGGGAGUCACUUGGAUCAGAUUUAAGUCGGGUCAUAGGGGGUGUACUGAGCUCUUUAGGGAUGGGCUACCCAGUAGGUGGCAUGCAACCUGGCCUUCAGACUUCUGAUGGAAAUAGAGCAGAACAGACGCAGGCUAAUGCUGGCAGUCAGAGACAGGGUGGAAAUCAGUUUGGUCUGUAUCAAGCCUUAAACGGUCAAUCUGCAUCCCGUCCUACGCAAAACCCUGUGGGAGCAACAAUGGCUGUUCCAUCGCUGAAUGCGCCAAUACCUGAUUCUCUUAAUACGCUGACAGAGUUUAUUAACCGAAUGGAAUUGGCAUUAUCACAAAACGGUACUCAACAAGACCAAUCAGCAGAUGCUAGUGGCAGUCUACCUACCCCACAGUUGCCUACAAACUUGCAUGGUUUUCCAACUGUAGAAGCGCUGACCACUGUUAUGCGACAUGCACAACGCCUUCUUUCUGACCAUGUUGUUCGAGCAUUAUCUCAAACUGCAGGGCUAUUAGACCAGGAUGGACGUUCAAGUGACCUUGCUGUUCGGGGGCAAGUUCUUUCAGAAACUGUACAAUUAGGUGUUGCUAUGCAGCACUUGGGCGCACUAUUUCUAGAGUUGGGAAGGACAAUUUUGAAUCUUCGUGUUGGACAAUUCUCUGAUCAAUCGUAUGUGAAUGCUGGGCCAGCUGUCUACAUAUCUCCAUCUGGCCCAAACCCAAUCAUGGUUCAGCCGUUCCCUCUUCAAACGACCUCUCUCUUCGGUGGCUCAUCUGGUGCCACACAGAAUCGGCUUGCUAUUGUUCCUCCAUUUGGUAGCGUGACUAGGAAUGUGAAUAUUCAUAUUCAUACUGCGGCAGCACUUGCAUCCAUUGUUCCUGUGGUUGGAAACAGAUCUCCUAACGGAGAAGAAGUUCAAGGGCAACAAGGCAGUGGGGCUUCUGGUGAAUUAGGUCAAGCACAGGUUCCAACUGGAGUGAAUGUGACCACAACAUCUGUCCCGUUAAGACCUGGUGCAGUAGGGGGUUCACAGGCUAUCAAUCCCGGUGGUCCUGUGUUCACAAAUGUGUCUAGUCUCAAUGAUUAUAUCAGAGACAUAGCUGCUAGCAGGCGGAAUGGAAGCCAGGCACCAUCAGGAGGUUUGGCUAAUCAGGGGCAACCACCUGGUUCUGGUGUUAGAUAUAAUGAGACGAGUCGCCAGCCGAGUUACUUUUCCAGUAGCACAGCUGGUGAAGCCACUCGGACUGCCGUCACAGACAAACAAAAGGAAAAGACUGAUCCUUCUAGCAGUCCUGGGGGAGGCGCUCAUAUGUCUGGGUCUUCUGGUGUCCCUCUUGGACUCGGACUCGGAGACCUUCAACCUAAGAAACCAGCCAAAGUUCAAGCAAAGACCACCGACCAUGCAUCUUCCAGCAGAACCGUGGGGCAACAAGUCCUUGCCACUGGGGAAAAUCCCAAUCCUCUACCCUCAGGACAAUCUUCUGAGCCUGAAAGGGGUAGCAAUGUAAAUUUGCCUCCAUCCAGGCAAAUUACGAACGACAAUGUGGAUAUAGCAGAUUCAAUGUCUCAAAUCCUGAGCAGUUCCUCUGUGGACGGCCUAUUGGCCCGUCUCGCACAAUACACUGGGGUUGGUUCUCCUGAAGUAUUGAGAAAUUUGCUGCAACAGGUAACUCAAAACCCAGUCAUGAGGAACCCUUUGAAUCAGCUUGCCGAGCAGGUGCAGAACAGGAGCUUUGACCUGUCGACGAAUAUGCAGCAGAUGAUGCCUGCAAUUUCUCAGGCUUUAGGAGGUAUUACGGCUAUUCCCCAAAUGAAUCCUCCUCAAGGACAGGUGUCGCCUGGGAGUAGCUCGAGGAGAGAUGUGACACAGACAAAUGAUGAUCCUCAGAUUAAUCUCCGAGAAGUGGUUCAGAGGCUCGAAGAACAGAACUCGUUUGGAGAAAUUUUCUGUUCUCUGGUUAGGGUGGCAGAGCGACUUGGCAGCAGUGGCAAUUCGGAGGAAAAUAUUGCUAAUGCAAUAUGCAAUCUUGGUCUUGCACAGGAGUUCAUGGAUAUGUUCCUCCAUGAUUUGAGUGCGAGAGUUGAGGAUGGAAUGUGAUCUGAUUUGAUUACAAAGAAAUUUUCUUUGUUGGCAUUUGGUCCCUCAGUUAUGUACUUAUUCGCUUGUAAGUGGUGUCUAAUCCAUUUGUUUUGUCAGUAUUAUGGUGCCUCAGUGCCCAAACUAUAAUUAUCUGGAUUUUGCACAAGGAAACACGUGGCGAAAAACUGUGGAUCUUGAGCUUUCCUUUUCUCCACUCCUUUUGUGAUCAGGUGAAAUUAGAUGUUGAUAAUUUGCACGUAGACCUUAGAUUAGAUCUUGGUUGACGUGAUUCUGGUUGAGUUAUUGUGGAAUUUACCAUGCUGUUGCCAUUUUGUGUCCAUUGAUAUUAUGCUGUUGGCUGCGUAACCAUUAUACAGUUAUUUUUUGAUGCUCAAAUAUUAAUUUAAAA